CGAUUGUCCUCAUAUUUUCAAGCAUGUAUUCUUUCUUAGCAUGAUCAACAGUUAGGAGAGCAGUACAAGGUUCACAGCUUGGUUUCAAGGGAUGGUGAAACACAUGUCAUGAUAUUCACCUUUGCCCAUCUGAUAUAUUGCAAUAUCCCGAUUAAACAAAUGCACGUCUAACAUGUUUGAUACACAGUAUGAUAGUACAGCUGGACUAUGCGGUGGUAUGAAUGGGCUGGUGGCUAGAUCAGAGGAAGUCGGACAUAAUAAUUUAACCGGGUCAUCAUGAAAAUAGACAUGUAUUCUAAACUAAUAACUGUCUGUGCUGUAUUCACUUUCAGUUCAACACUUCAUUAUGAAGGGGUCAGCGGAGCUAAGAUUCUUAUAUCUGCGAUAUACGGCGAGGGGAGUCAUUUCUUGGCUGCGUCAGCCAUAGGGGAAAGCCUUUUGAAGAGAGGCCAUGAGGUCACAUUUCUCAUCAGCAACGCAUAUGAUCAUCGCGCUAAAGAUCCCAAGUAUGACAAGUUUUCAUUUGAAAUUUUCAAUCAUUCAGUACCAGCUGAGAGAGUGCAAAGGAUUAUGAACGCUGCCAAUCAUGUAGCAUUUCAAGAGAGCAAUGACCAGUUUAGUAACUUGACGAAAUCGAUUAUGGAGCUGACUGGCCAGAGCUGUAAGAAUGUCAUCACAGACCGAGCACUUAUGCGUAGGUUAAAAGCAAUGGAUGCCAUCAUGAUGGACAUAUCAUGGCCAUGUGGUAUUUACAUCAAAGCUGCUCUUCAAAAAGACAGAGAAAUCCCCAAAGAUCUGAAGAUGAUCGCAAACUCUCCUACGACUCUCUGGAGUGGUUUCGUGUCGGCCUCAGGUUCUCCAUUUAACUUCGCCUAUAUGCCUGAAACAAUGACUGGUUUUACGAAUCGUAUGAACUUCUUACAGAGACUAAAAAACAUCGUUCAGUCUAUCUUGAUACAGGCCAGUAUUGAUUCAUCAAUGUUAUAUUCGUUUCGAAAAAUGGAAAGAGAAGUCGGUCUGCAGAAUAUUGUUGAUCCAUUUUAUGGCUAUACAGAUUUUGAUCUGUACCUGAGUAACAUUCAUUUCUCCUCUGACUUUCCUGUACCAAUGGUGCCGAAUCUUAUAUCAGUUGGAGGACUAACAGCUAAACCUGCUGGUAGAUUGCAGAAUGAACUUGAAGAAUUCGUUCAGAGCUCUGGAGACCAUGGCGUCAUUGUCUUCACCCUUGGUACCUAUCUGGCAUCUAUUACAACGAUCAGACCCGAAAUAGUAACGAUGUUUGCCGAAGCUUUCCGAAGAUUGCCACAAAAGGUCAUCUGGCAGUUAAAGGAACUCCCCGAUUGGGAGUUACCAUCCAAUGUGAAAGCUAUGCCAUGGUUACCUCAAAACGACCUCCUUGGUCAUCCAAAGACACGAGUAUUCAUGUACCAAGGAGGAAAUAAUGGUUUUCAAGAAGCGUGUUACCACGGAGUACCAAUCGUAGUCAUUCCUCUUCAAGGAGAUCAAUAUGAUGUCGCUGCUAGGAUCGAAGCAAGGGGUCUGGGUAAAAAGAUUGAAAAACUAGAACUCAACGCAGACAUCAUCUAUGAUACACUUACUGAAGUUAUCAAUAACCCAAGUUACAACGAGGUUGCAGAUAAAGUUUCUGCAAUUUACAAGGACCAGCCAAUGAGCGCUCCGGAUCGAGCUGCCUUUUGGAUAGAACAUGUCAUCAAGUUUGGUGGAGCUUAUAUGAGAUCUCCAGCUAAUGAUCUUACAUUCAUUCAAUAUCAUCUUAUAGAUGUAUAUGCCUUCCUCACUGCGAUAGUCGUUGUAUUUCUAGCUGUAGUCUAUUAUACUCUUAAAUUUUGUGUUUCUCUGUGUUGUCGUAUGAUAGGACGUGGCAGCAGUGGAAAAUCAAAGACUGAAUAACCAUGAUAAGUGUAGGUAAAUCUGGUAAACAUGUGUAAUCAAACAAUAUUGUUGCCUCAACUGGUAGAGCGGCCGCCUCGUAAUUGGGGAUCGUUGGCCGAGUCGAGCUAGGGGACUUUCAAAAUCGGACCUUUACCUGUUCGCAAGGUGCUCGGUAUUUUAUGAUAGAGGAGGGUCUUCUGUGCUGGUAUCAUUAUCAUCAUUAAGAGUGAAACACUUUUCCAUCAACUGUCUUCCAAAAAUAUUACAAGUUCCUAUUUUUUUUAGAACCAAAACUAUAAAUUCUUUGAUUUAUUUUGUCCUCUUAUGCAAAAUAUGGAUCGGGCAACUUGUGGUCUUACCAUUUAAAAGGGAGAUUUUCACACAGUGCCGCAGAGAAUGGAUCUUACAACACAUCAGCAAAUGCAUUCAAAAUGCAAGUCAAAUCACAUUCAGAGUUGACCUAAAAUUGCAAUUAUGUCGUUGGUCUAGAGUCACGAUCGAAACUGCCUUUUCAAUUCACCUACCCGGCCUCGACAAAGACCGAGGUGUGAUUUGAUACUGGCCUCGACAAAGACCGAGGUGUGAUUUGAUACUGGCCUCGACAAAGACCGAGAUGUGAUUUGAUUUACACUGUCAAUGCAUUUGCUGCGUUAAUUCAUUCUGCAUCGUUGUAUAAAACACGGGCGUCAAUCCGGGGGGGGAUACAUCCCCCACACUUUUCGAAGGGGUUGACAUGUACAAUCACCCCCGACCACUUUUCAAGAUAGAAACAAAUAUCUAUAUUUUCAAUAAUCAAUUGGUUAAUACUACUGUUAAUGUUUGGGGGUCCGGAUUCAUCUUUGAAUGCAGUCAAAGUGUAAAUUGGCCUACAUGCAAAAUUUCUCGCGCGGUCGCUCGGCUCCCGCGCUCAAUCUAUUCUUACAAGAAUUUUGCCGUGACAAAUCCCUACGUUAUUUGCAAGGUUAUAUCUUCUGCAUCAUCAUGAUCAUGGAGAUUCGUUAAGAUAUGUCCAUUUUAUGAAUAUGUAAAUGUUUUGAAUAUCAUAAUUUGUAUCAUAAACGAAUAAAAACAUACUUUAAGUACACUUUGUAAAUAUGGGAUAUCUUUCUGGAAGCGGGUGAUUUUGUAAAAAA